AUGCAAUCCCAAGAGGUGGUUUCAGCUGCUGUCCAUUCUUUUGAAGAGUUCCAUUACACUCAUCUUUCUCCAGGAACAUCUUUCUUCCAACCAUCUCAGCUUUCCCUAUCAUGGUCCCCUCCUGCAGUUGGAUAUUUUAAGAUUAAUUUUGAUGCAACUUUCGCAAAGCAAAGAUGUGAAGGAGCUAUUGCAGCAGUAUUUCGAGAUUCUACUUGUCAACCUUUAGGGUGGUCAUGCAAGAAAGUACUUAACCAAAUGAACCCCCAUAUACUGGAAGCUUUAGCAUGUAAACAGGCAGUUCAGUUGUCAAUAGAUAAAGGAAUUAAUGAGGUGAUUGUUGAAAAGGAUUCUUUGAUUGUUAUUCAGGGUAUUCAGUCUCAAGACCAACUGUUAGAGAUUAGAGGGAUCAUUCAGGAUAUUGCCAUCCUGUCCCAAUGCAUCCAGCAAAUUAGUUUUACGCAUGUUAGUAGAAGUUGUAACAAAGCUGCUCAUAGCUUAGGCCAGAAAUCCUUGCAUGACUAUUCUUUUUUGUAUAAUCCUAUGAUGCAAGUGAUGUUUGUUACCUCUUCGAUGCCCAUUUAG